AUGAAGAUCCUCUGGGAAAGCGACGAUUGGCCCGGUUCCUACGUUGAUUCGACGGUCACAUGUCUCGGCUGGAUCCCCUAUGGCUCGGUAGCAAAAGGCCACAUAAGGUGCGGCCUACUGGCCACCGGAUCCGAAUCAGGUGCAGUUGGGGUAACGGCAACUGUAGCUACUCCGCUGAAGGAUGAUAACAGGCGGAUAAACUUCAAUCUGCGUGGCCAUCAUACCGCCGUAAGUCUGGUCUCAUGGAAUGCGAAUCAGAUAAAAUUAGCGAGCUGUGAUAAUUCCGGAAUUAUCUAUGUCUGGGUUCCGAACGAGGAACGAUGGAGCGUUGAGUUGGUGAACGACCGCGGCGUCAAGGUUCGCAAUGUGAACUGGAGCCCCAAUGGUUUAUCGGCGUUAAUCUGUUAUGAAGAUAAUUUUGUUCUGAUUGGUUCAUCAACGGGCCAGAGGAUUUGGUCGACCUCGUUCUCGGCUGAUUUCACUGUCAACUGUGGCGUGUGGGCACCGGAUUCGCAUGAAAUUAUUCUCGGUUUCAGUACCGGAACUAUUUAUGUGCUUAGUGAACAAGGUGCAACAGUGACCGAACGUGAAAUCUUUCCAGUUGGUGUUCAAUUCUUAGCAGCCUCACAGAUACGUGAUGAUGAAAAAUGGACGUUAGCUGCGUGUUCAACAGAGGGACUUAUUCUUUUUAUGAAUUCCUACGAUGCGGUUUGUCUUGUAAAUACUAGGCCUGGAGCACCACAUAAUUGUUAG